UUAGCGCCGGCAUUCGCAAAUCGCAAUUGCUCUUCUGGCGCCCCUAGUUGAAGCAGCAGCGGCAGCUGAAACCCACCGCCACGGGCCUUCAAGCGCCACUCGGCGUUGUCAUAAGGUGAGCUCAAGACCCAUUUUGAAUUAAUAUUUGGCUACUCUUUGAAGGUCCACGAUGAAGCCCCACAAGAUCCUCAAAUACCAAGCCUUCAAGCGCCACGAGCUCAAAACCACCCUCUUCCCCACACACCGAUCUUCCUCCUCUCUUCUUUUCUCUUCAACCCCUCGCCCAAGAACCUUCCCACAAACCCAGACCCUCCCUCAAGACGCCCCUACAAUCCCUCUGCCGAUCACUCAGCGCUCCCUUCAAAACUUGAUCCAGUCUUCUGAGUGGCAUUCGAUCAAACACCUUGCGCCCAACCUCACUCCCUCUUUAAUUUCCACCACACUUUACAACCUCCACGAAAUCCCUCAGCUUGUUCUUCAAUUCAUAACCCACAUCGAGUUCCAUCGUCUCGAUAUCAAAACCCGUUGCCUUGCCAUCGCCAUUGUCGCCCGUCUCACAUCCCCAAAACCCUCUUUAAAACUCGUAAAGCAAUCCAUUUCUAGUGGCAUUGCUACAAUUAGAGUGAUUUUCGAUGAGUUAGCUCUUGCGCGCAAUAAUUUGAGUAUCGAAAGUAGUAUUGUUUUUGAUUUGUUGAUAACGGCUUGUUGUGAAUUGAAGAGGGCUGAUGAGGCUUUUGAGUGUUUUGAUAUGAUGAAGGAAAAGGGUGUCGUACCCAAGACUGAGACUUUUAAUGAUAUGUUGAGUUUAUUGUUGAAGUUGAAUAGAAUGCAGGCAGCCUGGGUUUUGUAUGCGGAGAUGUUUAGGCUGAAGAUCAAAUCAAAUGUGUAUACAUUUAAUAUAAUGAUUAAUGUGUUGUGUAAGGAAGGGAAGUUGAAAAAGGCAAAGGAGUUUAUUGAGUUCAUGGGUGCUUUAGGGGUUAAGCCUAAUGUUGUUACGUAUAAUACCUUAAUUCAUGGGUAUUGUUCAAGAGGGAAGAUUGAAGCGGCUUGGGUGAUUCUUAAUGCCAUGAACGCUAAAAGUGUGGAACCAGAUUCAUAUACGUAUGCUUCACUUAUUAGUGGGAUGUGUAAGUGGGGGAGACUUGAGGAGGCAUCUGGGCUGGUUGGUAAAAUGGUGGAAAAUCGGUUGGUUCCAAGCGCCGUGACAUAUAAUGCUUUGAUUGGUGGGUAUUGCAAUAAAGGGAAUUUACAGAUGGCUUUUAGUUAUAAGGAUGAGAUGAUUAGGAAGGGCGUAAUGCCAACUGUGUCAACUUACAAUAUGUUGAUUCAUGCCUUGUUUUUGGAAGCUAGGAUGGGUGAGACUGAUGAUAUGAUAAUGGAAAUGGGAAAGAAGGGAAUAGUUCCUGAUGCUAUUACAUAUAACAUCUUGGUUAAUGGUUAUUGCAGAAGUGGGGAUGCCAAUAAAGCCUUUAGCCUCCAUGAUGAGAUGUUGACUAAAGGAAUUCAGCCUACACGGGUAACAUAUACGUCACUUAUUCAUGUAUUGAGUAAACGGAAUAGAAUGAAGGAGGCAGAUGAUUUGUUUGAGAGGAUACAGCAUAAAGGCAUCUCGCCAGAUCUUAUAAUGUUCAAUGCCUUGAUUGAUGGUCACUGUGCUAACGGUAACAUGGAACGUGCAUUAUCGCUUUUGAAGGAGAUGGACAGGAUGAAGGUUCCUCCUGAUGAAGUGACUUACAAUACCUUAAUGCAAGGGCGCUGUAGGGAGGGGAAAGUUGAAGAAGCUCGUGAGCUUCUCAAUGAGAUGAAGAGAAUGGGGAUUAAGCCUGAUAACAUUAGUUAUAAUACUCUCAUUAGUGGUUAUAGUAGAAAAGGUGAUCUGAAGGAUGCAUUUAGAGUUCGGGAUGAGAUGUUGAGUAUAGGUUUCAAUCCCACUCUUCUCACUUACAAUGCUCUUAUACAAGGCUUAUGCAAAAACCAAGAAGGUGAUCAAGCUGAAGAGCUCCUCAGAGAAAUGGUAAGUAAAGGUAUAACACCUGAUGACAGCACCUAUCUCUCUUUAAUCGAGGGGAUUAGCAAAGUCGAUAACUUUGUGGGAAAUGGUGAUUCAUAAACAACUUAUUAAUCCAACGCGUUCCAAACUUUUACGGAGAAAGGGUUUCUCUUGAAGCCAAGUUCUUGAUUGGAAGAUUCUUUUCGUUACUUCUUGUUUUGAAUACCAGCUUGUUGGCAUGCUCAGCUCAGAAACCAACAUUUUGAGUAGACUUGUAACGGUAGAAUUGGAACAGUUGAAGGGGCUCGUGAAGUAGCAGCAACAUCCAUGGGCUUUCGACAUGCACCAUUGUAAGAUUAUACAACCUGCUGUUUACUGUGAUAUCCACUUUGUUUGUAGAUCAGCAGUAAGCUACUGCUGAUCUUUACUUUCAUAAUGUUGUAGAGCAAAAUGAUUUCUCAGAAGGUUUGUCAUGCUUCACGGUAACUUGUAAGAGUGUGCCAUCCUCAAGAUGAAUUGCUAAUCAAAAUUACGGUAGCUCCAUCAGCCAUAUAAGGCGGAGAAACGAGAGGCCAUGUACACGGUUAUGGAGGUUGGGGUUGUGCAUCUAGAGUUUACUCUCCAGAGAUGGAUCCGAAAGGCCAUGACUCGGUGAAGUUCCACGUCAUUAAAAAAAGAAGAAGCAUGAAUGAACAUGCUCUGGUACUUCAGAAUUUGUUUUUAACCUUCGAAAAUUGUACCUUUGUGGGUUUUUUUUUGUCCGAAAAUUUAUUUUGAAGUGAUAUGAAGAUAAAAACUAUUUUUGUGUUUUGAAUUAUUUAUUAAUAUAUUUUUAUUGAGAACGGAAGACAAAAAAUCCCAACUGGACAUAGCCAUUUGGAUGUGCUAUCAACUUCCAACAUUUCCUAGUGGAUAUUUGCAAGCAAGGAUUUUCUGCUCACCACUAUAAUUGCUAGGUAAUAUACUUGGAAUCUUACAAUUGUACCAUCAUUAGUAAUAGUUUAGUUGAAUAACAUCCACCUGGGAGUUGGUUCCUUUUAACAAGUGGGAAGAUCUUAUUUGGCUACAAAUAUAUUGGAGACCUCGCAAUUUCCACUACAUGCAGAUGGAUACCCGUCGUCGCCUCCAAAUCUUCAAGAGUUGGGCCUUCGGUACCUUAAAGUGAUGUUUGGCUUUUAUGGUAUAGUGGAAGACCACUCUAGACAAAUAAAAAAGUAGAAUACACCUAGAUCUCUGUUAAUUUAAUUUAGUUCAACAAAAUCCCUUGGGUUUUCAUUUUUUUAAAUCAUAUCCUAUAUAAUAUUUAAGAGUAAUACUAUUCUUUACAUUUAUUUAUUUAUCACACUCAUUUUACACCGACUGAUAUGAUAUUUUUAAGUAGCUUUUCUUUCUGUUUUUCAUUUUAAGUGACUGAUAUGAAAAAUUACCUAAACAAUAUACAACAUCAUUCCACAUCGGCCAAUGUAAAUGACUGAUAAAUGGUGUUAAGAAUAAUAUUACUGUUUUAGUUAACUGUUAUCUCUGUUUUUUUUAAAUGAAGUCUUUUCAUCCUAUGGGAAAAAGAGACAGGGCUCUUCCUCUAAUGUAGCCUAAUAUCCUUUUUUGGGCAAUUAGCAUAAUGUUAUGAUAUGGAAAAUGUUUGUGGAGUAACAUUCGCUUUAUGUUAUCUUUUUUGGUGGGGGGAGGGGGAAAUAGUUAACACCACCAAUCUCCUUCUCCAUCAGUAGAAUU